GUAGCUAUCAUCUAUGCCUAACAGCAAGGGCCACCUCGAUCUUCCAACAAAGAAAGACUGGAUAUCGCCCAAGACAGCUCAAACGCCACAGGGAUUGCAUGCACUCCGAUUACUCCAAUGCCUCCGUGGUUUGUCUCCUUGAUGCAUCCCGUUGCGAACAUGUUGCUAACAGUGUCAUGCAAAUGAACUGCUGACUUCCAAGCACACAACUUCUUGGCGAAAGCAGUGAUCUCGUACUGUAGAACGCGCUGUCCUCGCAGCAGCUUUAUCGACGCUCCAGCCAGAAAUGUGCUGAUUAAUACAAGAGGAACACGAGGUAUGCCUGAAGCAAACUGGUUGAGAAGGCGCCGCUGAUGGGCUAACCGAGGGAGCAUCUUCUGCCUCAAGCUCCAAAACAAUGAUGGCGAAUGCAAUCGAUUCAUCAUUCUGCUUCAAUCGAUUGAACCAUGAAGUCAGGGGAGGGUACUGAGUGGAUUGCGACCGCACGCAGCGUACCCAAACGGUAUCCGGGAGACGGUCCCUUCCACACGUUCGAGGCUCGCCUACUAACGAACCUCCCGAUGCAACCCGAGGCCGACGACCGCCCCUCAUGUACCAAAACGUCCGCCCUGGUGCGCUACGUUUCUUGGUUGUGGUCAGCGGUAUAACCAGGGAAACUACUUCAAAGUUGCUGCCGAAGAGCGAAGAACCACGCACGACACCUAGCUAGCAAACAUAACCACUGCACCUACUACGAGUAAGGUAGUCUAUGUUUACAUAUCAAGUGACUGUCGCUUCUCAAUGCGAAGUGGAACCCCAUCCUUUGGGUAUGGCAAAAUACCCUGCAGUCGCAAUUCCAACUUGAAGUCUGGGACGGGGAGAACUUUUAGAUGUUUCAAUACAUUGGCCAAGACAAUGACCGCCUCCUGCAAGGCAAAUUUUGCACCAGGACAGGAUCGUCCUCCUGAAACAUGAAACAGACAGUUUUCAUAUUAGAAGCAAUCUCCAAGAUAAUAGGAUCGCACGAACGGAAAGCAAUCUUGCGUCACCGCACAAGCAGCGCACUUACCAGCUGAAAAAGCAAAAAAGGCAUCUGGAUUGCCCGCAGGAAUGCUUCCCUUCGAAGGUUCCGCAUCCACCUUGUAUGCUCGUUCCUCCCACAGUUGACCAUUGUUAGCAGAGGAACUACUAGUACUUGACACUCGCUGAGCCCAACGCUCUGGAUGGAAUUCAUCUCCCUUGGGAAAGAUGGAUUCAUCUCUUUGCAUGACAAAGAUGGGUACGUUCAUGUGAGUGCCAACCUGGGCAACAUAGCCACUCGCCAGCUGAAGAGGCUUUGUAAGCGUCCGAGCGACAGUAAACGCUGCCGGGUAUAGUCGCAGAGCCUCUUUGAUGACCCCCAUGCAAUAGCAGAGUUCAUCCGCAUUGGACAAGUCAGAUCCAUUCUUGAGUAAGGACUGUACUUCUUCCAAGCAAUUAUUUUGAAUGUCGGGAUAAAUACUCAGCGAGUGGAGCACCAUUGUAAGUGUUGUGCUGGUUGUGUCGUACGAGGCAAACAGAAGUGUCAUCAUGACAUCGGAAAGGGCAUCGUCAAGAGCUUUGGCAUCAUCAUGCCCCUUGGCCUUGUUGAUUUCAUGCACAGCAGUCAGCCUUUCCACGAGAUUCUGGUGUUUGGAAUUGCCAUUGGUAGAGGCAGCUUCACCAUUCUCGUUGGCAAUAUAUUCCUUUUGGGCUUUGGUAAGUAGCUCACCAACAAAGCCACGUAGGAUCCCGCAGUUUUCCAGGUGCAGUUUGUUCUGCUUGGUGGGAAAUAUGUUGGGAAACAGAUUCCAAGGAAGGACAGGGCUUUUCAUGCGUAUUGUCAGGUCUUCCGUAAGCAAAUCAAAAGCCUUCACCACUGGUGAUGAUUGCAAAUUCUUGCAGCAGUCAAAGUCAACACCAAAACCAGCUUUCCCAAUUACAUCCAUGGUGACCAUUUUCAUGAGUGGGUGGAUAUUAUCAACUUGCCAGACUUUGUUCUCUGUCUCAUCAAUCCUUUUAAUGAUAGCCUGAGUGAGAUCUUGGGCGACUUGAAAGACGUCUUUUUGCGAGUGCAACAAGAAGGAAGGCACAAAGGUCCUCGCGAUGGCGUCCCUGUGGAUUCUCCAUUCCCUUCCGUUCAGUCGAAUCAAGCUCUUUUCACCAAGGAUGAAGGAAAUAUACCUGGCUACAACAGGAAUAGUUUCUCGAUUGGAUUCUCGGAGGAAAACCUUGCGCGCAUCUUCCACUUUCAACACACCAAUGACUUUCUUGUUGCCAAACCAAUAUCCGACGAGCCCGUCUUUGUUGGCACUAUCUCGAUUGACGGUGUAUAGGUUCUGCGGAAAUUUAUUUGCGUCAAACAGCAUCUUGACGUGGCCAAAAAACCAGUGACUUUGGGGAGGCAUGGGCAAAUCUGGGAAGGGUUUCUUGGCUUCCAAUAGUGUGCGGUAGUGAUUCCACAGCAUGUAAAGACCGAUGGGUAGCAAAACGAUUGCCAGGGUAGGCACCCCCAAAGCUUCAUCUGAAAAGGAGAACGCCAUGAUAAACCAACAGCAGUUACUGACUGCCUUUGUGACGACAACAACAACAACAACAAUAAUCCAUACCGAUAGAUGCUCUCUUGAAGCGACCGGUAGUGUGGCAAAGCGCUCUUGGGAUGAUGAGGUGGUGCGUGAAACCGAGAUGGCAAGUUGAACCGAUGAAAAGCAACGGCGACUUGAAUGAGAAAGAAAGGUUUGAAGACAUUCAUCCGUGCAUACCAACGGCCAAAGGUGCGUCCUUGAACUGAAAGUGACGCGCAACUUUACCGUUUCCGUUUGGUCUCCCCUUUCCCAAGACACGUCAAGAAGCUUGUUUGGACUAUCAAGCAUCCAAACUGGCUUCUAAAUCUCGAAAAGAGUGACGCUCUCCAGACCGUGCUCGCUCUGGAGGUUAAAAUCGACCUCUCCGAGCUUCAGUAGUCGCCGGGGUGUGGAGCGGCAGACUCGCCAUCUCAAGAGUUUAUGCUUUGGAGGGAGCCACACCGUCCAGAUGCUGCUCCGACCAGCCGGGCAAGGUGGACUCUAUCCCUGGUGCUGCGCCGCAGGACAGCACUGCACUCGUUAUGUAACCGCCUGGCUGUUGCACCGUCGACUCGAUCUAAUCAAUCCAUCCCGCAGGUAGUGUUUGUGAGGGUUGUCUUAUUGUAGUACUUGAUCAGGUCCCUUUGCUUCCAAGCUACGUGCUGAAGGAAAAAGGCUGGAAGGGACCGUGAGGAGGAAGAGUUGGCAGCCAGCUGGCCCACACGAUGGAUCACCAACCGACUCGCAACAGUGAGGAGGCGAGGAGGAGAUCAGGGAGUGGUGUCGAUCCAUCGAGGGGGCCGCCAACUGCUACGGGCAAUCUACGUAGAUACAGUACUGAAGAGUUUAGUGAGGAGGGUCAACCAAGUCCUGAUCGUCGAAUUCUUGCCAUCACAGACGACAACAUGAAUGAUGAUAGUCUUUCCUUUCCGACUGCUAGAUCAUACUCAUGGGAGUCUCAGAGCGAUGGCGAGGACCGUGGUGCCGCUGGGGGAAGAAGCUCAGCCACGCGCCGAGAUCAGCGCAAAUUUGACAUGACAACACCCACCUUGAUUGAUGAGAUGGACGAUAUUGAAGAAGAGGAAAUGAUACGUCUCCAGAGAGCCACGAGGUUUCGGGAGGAACAACAACGGACGACUACUAGUACUACUGCUGCAGGUGGAGUGACAGUCAUUAAGGAUGAGUCCUCUUUGAGGCGAACGCCUGGGGCAAGCAUGUAUCAGUCCAGUAUGCCUGAGGAACAGAUCCAUGGGGUUUCGAUGAGGAGAACACCUGGGCCUCCUGAAAUGCUCCGCUCAGCUGCACCAGGGACUAGUACCACACCCCACCAACACCACCAGGAACAAGUAGACGAGUCUGGUCUGUUGGGAUUUGGACUGACGCUCUCAACACCAGUUGCCAGCACAAACAGGGCCAGAAGUAGUGAACCAGGAGAUAAGUGGGACAGGGCAUCCUCUGUUUCAUCUCAAUCCACACCCCCUAGAAACAAUCAAUCCACUGCCGACAGCAUGGCGUCACAGCAGACGAGUAGGCCUCCCAGGGCACCAGGGAUGCCCGCGCGUCCGCAAGAAAGACAACAACAGCCACAGCAGCAACCGGGAGAGUUCACGUUCACUCCAUGGACAACUCUAGCCAAAGGGACGCCUUCACAAUUUGAAAGUAGAUACGGGGCCUGCUCACCCAACACAAUGAGGCUGACAGAAGAUCUGGGAAAUCUUUUAUUUGAUGAGGAAGAUAGCUUUGACCAGGGAAACCAGCAAAUCUUUCGGGGACCUGCUGAUCAACAAAAGGCAGCAGACUCUGGGGUAGGCGAUCAUCAGCGAGAACCAACAGCGGAAAGUUGGACAUCUUCGUACAUUUUUAAAAGCGAACAUGUUGGGGACAUUCCAUCGAGGGUUCCGCGAAGUUCCGUGGGUAGGGGGGGUCGAAGGGGCAGGCAUGACACCACUAGUAGACGAUCCAGAGGGCAUGGCUCGAGGCAUACUAGCGAGGAUCACGGGCACCAGCAACAACAACAGGUCGCCUCCUUUCUACCAUAUGCUCAACAACCAAAGCCUGUGCGAACCAUGCAUCCUCCAUCGCUGGGAAAUCCUUUCUUGUCGGGCGGUUUUGAUUCUUCGAAUGCCGGAGCAUAUAUACCAAAGGACAAUCCUGGACAACAACAACAACAGCAACAACAACAGCAACAACAACAGCAACAACAACAACCACCACCUAGGUUUUUCUUUGGAGGCGCAUUUGCACCGCCAGCGAAAGAUGGUAACGUUGGUUUCAGACCUCCUGCCCCGGCACCAGCGAGGCCACAGCGAUCGGGAAGCGCCGAUAGAAGUAACUUGUUUUCCAACCAGCCUCAGGUUCACCAUUUUCCGAGAAGGUCACCACAAAGCUUUGCUGACACCCGUCAGUCUGCGAGCGGCGGUUUCCAGAGUCACUCCUUUCAGCCUCUCCCGGCUAUGGCUGCUCGCUCUAGAGAAUCGCCGUUUCAAUAUCAGUUUCCGUCUCCAAGUCCUGUGAACUCACCACCACCUUUUGGAUUCCCGUCACCCAAUCCGUUCAACCAACCUCCGCCCGGAAUGCAAGCUACGGCUCGUGCCCACCAUCCUACGCCAAUGCAGCCCAGCAAUAACGCCCCACCUCAGGUUCAGUCAUCAUCCGCUCAUAUGCAGCGCCCCACGGCAACGCAGCCGACAGCUCACCCUCCACCACAGCAGUCGGCUAGUCACGCUCAACGCGUCAAACCCAUGCAGGCAACAGCACAUGAGUUCUUUCCCAUGACUACCCCCACACCCGAAGAUAGGCCCGUCAUGCCACAGUUCUCUCCCCAGCAGAGCUGGCCAGGGGCUGCGCCUGCCCAGUAUGGUUCUAUGCCUGUGACGAGCCACGGAAACUGGCCAGGGACUGCCGCAUGGCCUUCGAGUGGUGACUACGCUUAUGUUGUACCGGUCCCUCAGCCUCAGCCUCCAAGGGCAGAGUCUCGUUCUGGACCCUCUCCAGCACCAUCUCAAGCUUCGGCACACGGCGCCGACAGGCCACCUCAACCAAGCCCCAGCAUUGUAGCAUCUUCGCCGUCGCCUCGGCUGGAGUCUUCGCAUCCCGUUGCUUCGAGUCCAUCGCCUGUAUUGAGCGCACCGAGUCCUGCACGUCAGCAAUCGGCCCAGCAGCAGCGGCAAAAGAGCUCCCGGAAAGGACAAGGACGUCGUGGGUCCAAGCAAACCAAACCCGAAAAGCAAAAGAAGCCUGAAGGUAGUACCGCGGCGGCGCCUGCAGCUGUCGUUCCAGCCAAUCCCCGCAAAUCGACACCCGUGAACACCGGUACAACGUCGAGCGCCGGAGGAACAAGCGGUGGCAACAUCAAAAAGAAGAAGAGUGGUAGCAAAGGGAGAGAUAGUCAGACUCCAGAAUUGACGGCCACUGCCAGUGUUGCUUCGUCGCCAGCGCCAACACCGACGCCCGCAACUACGUCUACUGUCGCCAUUCCGGCAAACGAUCCGCAGGCUGCAGAAGAAACCACGCUUUCGGCUUCCGAGGAGCAAGCAGAAUCGAAGCGAUCAGAGCUCAUUGAAAGCCCCGCAACACGCUCGGCCUUUAAAGAUUUCUAUCGCCGUUUUCGUUCUGAGGAGCGUUCGUCUUUUCAGGGAGCGGAAGGCUUUGCGAUUCAAUCCUUGGGCGACGGUACUUUGCCUGAAAAGGUGCAUUGGCGUGUCUAUCUAGAGCUCGCGGACCUUGCGAAGCGCUCGAAUCGAUUUGCUGAUGCUCGUCGGCUCUAUCAGCAAGUGUGUCAGCUGCAGCCGUAUGCGAGCCAGGGUUGGCUAGAAUAUAGCAAACUGGAGGAAGAAUGCGGCCACCUCAACCGUGGGGCACGAAUACUGCGUGCAGGAUUGGAGUACUGCGAAUACAGCGAGAACUUGCUGACUCGUGCCAUUAAACACGAGGAAAAGAUGGGAAACCUGGGACGAGCUAGAGAGUUGUUGGCUCGACUAAAGCACGUGGGCAUUGAGAAAGUUUGGCGCACAGUGUUGGAAGGGGCGUUGCUUGAGGCGAGAGCUGGAAAUGCCGUGAUGGCCCGCCGUGUGUUGAAAUAUUUGAUGCAUCACGUUCCCUGGUACGGACCUCUCUACUUGGAAGCCUACCGCCUGGAGAGAGACCUAGGGCGAACGAUUGAGGCCCUACGUGUUGUCGAGCGCGGUCUUGCGGCGAUUCCGCGUUACGGGCCGCUUUGGUUUGGUGCAUUCCGCCUCUGCGAGGAAAUCGACAUCACCGAGAAGCAAUACCAUUUGCCCAGGACGAUGGCAAUGAUCGAUCGCGCGACGUUGAGUAUUAGUAAGGAGCUCAUUUGGAAAGUUCAUCUAGAUGCGGCUCAGAUGCUGGAACGGGCCACUCUCGACCAACGGUCAGUUACCCACGAUCCCUCCACCAACAAGGAAUCGGAUUAUCCGGCGUCUACCUUGGCACACUGUCGCAAUCGUUUUGCCAUGACGGUCCUCAACUGCCCACCCAACUUGCGCUGGAAAGUUUGGCUUGCAGCUGGCAGAUUGGAAAUUGCCAUUGGCAACAUCAACAAAGCUCGCAAACUGUUUCUACGUGCGCAUCAGGUGGUCCCCGAAAAGGGGCGUGCAACAACUCUAUUGGAAUGCGCCAGGCUGGAAGAAUUCAGCGGAGAUCUCGGUCUAGCACGAGCCAUUCUUUGUCGCAGCAGAGUUGACUACGGCACCGACUGGAAGGUGUGGCUAGAGAGUGUGCUCUUGGAAAUCCGAGAUGGUGACCACGAAAGAGCCAUUGAGCUCGCCAAAGGGGCGCUCGAAAUGCAUCCAGGGACGGGACGACUUUGGGCUGCCUUGGUACAACUUCGAUUCUUUGAAGGGGAAGAAGAGGCGCAGUUUCUGUCUCUUCAGCAGGCCUUGAAUGCAGUCCCUAAAAGUGGGGAAGUGUGGUGCGAGGGAGGUAGAAUCCACUUGAAUCCCUUCUCCCGAACCUUCAAUUUGGAACGUGCGAGGCGUCACCUCUUCUUUGCGACAAAAUUCACACCUCAAUACGGCGACAGCUUCCUCGAAUCUUUGAGGCUGGAGUUGGUUGAGCAGUGGAUUGCACCAAUCGCAGAUUUGAUCUGGAUGACGUCAAAAGGAGCAGUUCUGGAUUCUGAGGAAACAGACUUCCACAAUCAGCUGCAAGAGUACUUGCUACGACUUUUCGUGGCGCUUGUUGCUUUUUGCGGAGAAGGCACCACAACGAAGGAAUCGAACGCUGAUGCGAGGCUGCGCGAAAUCAUUGAUAGCCAGACACUGCCACAGAUUAUUGACCUGUUGGAAGCUGGCUACGAAAGUGCCUCGGUAGACUUGGCCGAUUUGGAACUGCGUUGUGCCAAUGCGGAUCCCAACUAUGGCUUGCUGUGGUUCCACUGCCGCCAUGGCCCAACGGACACCGCGCGGAAGAUUCUCACUCGAGCGACCGACAAGGUUGUCUCUGAGCUGCGCAAGUUCGUUCCGAUAUACAUCGUAGCGCUGGUUCGCUAUGCUGCCGUCACUGGCAUGAUGGACACGGAAAAACAAUCUGAGGACGAUGCUGCUUGGGAGGACCGCGUCGACGAGAUCCUUCUGGCAGCACCGUCGCUCCAGGAAAUUCUGAAAAAAGAUGACAUUGUAGAGAAGAACCAGGACGGAGGCGUGUUGUUUUUGGAAAACAACAUAGCCGGAUCCACUUUUUCCACCGGGCUGACUGAACUCAACAGACUUCAGCCCGUAGGGGAGCUUUCAUUGAACGACAGGAGAAAAGCAUUGUUCGGGACUGAUGCACUCUUUUCGUGA